AGUUUUACGAGGGUUUCCAAAUGCGUCGUGACGCUUCUCUGACGUCGGGACGGUGGGAAGUGAUGCAGACGGUGUUCCUCGAUCAGCUAAUCCGUUUUGAUGAUGCAGAAUGUUUCUAAAUCUGAUGACCAGAUCCAACAUGGUGAUGCUUAUUUGAAAAACUCACCUUGCGUCAUUAUUAACCUUUUUUUUUCCUGCCGCGCGGAGCGAGAUGGAUCCGUUCAGGAGGAGCGAGAGUGACUGGCAGGGGCUGGUCAGCGAGUUCCUAAUCUGUAAGCAGAAGUUGGAGAGUAAGAAAGAAGCUCUCCUGAUUCUGUCUAAAGAGCUGGACACCUGCCAGCAGGAGAGGGAUCAGUACAAACUGAUGGCCAACCAGCUCCGUGAGCGACAUCAAGGACUCAAGAAGAAGUACAGAGAACUCAUUGAUGGAGAUCUCUCUUUGCCUCCUGAGAAAAGGAAUCAAGUGAAUUUGGCCCAGCUACUGAGAGACUCCAGAGAAAAAAGCAGUCAGCUUUCUGAGGAGGUGAAGGAGCUGAAACAAAGACUGGUGGAAGCUCAAGGUGAUAACAAGCUCCUACGAAUGACCAUCACCAAACAAAGGCUGGGAGACGAGGAGGUUGGCGCUCGACACUUUCCUGCACAUGAACGAGAGGAUCUGGUCAAACAGUUAGAAAGAGCUCGAGAACAGAACGAGGUUCUGGAGCACAGUGUGAAGUCGCUCACAGACGAGCUUCAGGACGUACGAGCGGAGCGUGUCGUGUUUCAGCAGAAGGCUCAUCGCCUCAAUGUGGAAAUGAACCACAUCGUGGGCAACGAUGAGAUACGGAUUUUAGACAUAGAUGCACUCUGCAUGGAGAACAGGUAUUUGCAUGAGCGCUUCAGUCAACUUCAAGAAGAAAUCAACUUGCUCAAAACAAAUCUGGUGAAGUACAAGAGUGCCCUGGACUGUAGGAAAAACUCUAAAAUCUGUGGGAAAGCUAAUAGUAGUGCACUGACUGGGGUGCUCUCUGCUAAACAAGUGAAGGAAUUGUUACUGUCUGAAGAAAGCGGUUGCAGUUUGCCGGUGACUCCUCAGUCCAUCUCAGACCUCAAGUCUCUGGCCACGGCUCUACUGGAAACUAUCCACGAGAAGAACAUGGUGAUUCAGCACCAACGCCAAAUCAACAAGAUUCUUGGAAAUCGAGUAGCAGAGCUGGAGAAGAAACUAAAAACAUUAGAAAUGUCUGGAUUAUGGAGCCUGCCAGGUGGACAUAAGUAUCUUAAUAUACUGAGACUAUUGUGUUUCUUUGAAGCCUGUAUUCAACAUACUGUUUACAAUAAUUUACACUCCUUAUCCUUUCUUCUGUCCUUCUGUUUCUUGCUACCUGGAGGCCUGACUUAUAAUGUGUCUCUGGGAAUAUAUGGAAGAGGAAAAGACACCAUCAUCCUGAAUACUCAGCAGGCUGAGUCAACAGAGUCUCCUGGACAGGAAGGUGAUGAAGGGUCAGAAGAGAUAGCUGUCGAUCAGCAGAGCUCCGCAGAAGUCCCAAACCAAGAGAGUGGAACACCAGUGCAAGAGGAACUUCACCAGGAGGCACCGUCGCCAUCCAGCGAGGAGACACGCCAGCAGAACCCCUUGUACCAGUCAGCUGACGAAGAGCCAGAAACACCAGACAGUGAAGAGUCUCGUGCCAUUGGUCAAUCGCAGAUCACAAUUGAUUUAACGGCUUUAAUGAGUCACCGGUCAAAAGAAGAGGAGUGCCUGAGUGGUUCCCCUCCCACAGUGACAGAUGUGAGCACACACCCUCGGUCAGACCUCUGCCACUUACAGCAAACCUUAGAGAGCUCUGACCCCACGGGAGGAGGACAGGGUGAGUCCGAAGAAUGCACCGAAGGGGUGGAAACUGUUGAAAUGGAGUGUAUUCUAACAGGGGAAAACAUCAAUAACGUUAUAUCCACUGCAGGCUUUGCCGAAGAGCAGGAGGACGUCCAGUCAAACCCGGAGACAAAGCUUUCAGAUGAGACAGACGUUUGUGUUAGUCAGGAAGUCUAAGCAUAGGAAAGAUAAUGAUGAAAGAUUCAUUUAUAAUGUGAUGCUACUUUAUUCUUUUUUAUGAAUAAUGAAAAAAAUCAGGACAAAGUGACACUCCCGAGCUGUUAUGAUUGACAGGUGGUGUGUUGUAAUGACCACUACAUUACAAAAGUAACACAGUUGUCUGUUUCAAAAUUAUUUUUUGGGGAGUCUUACUGUAUGUCGUCCCACCUUUUAAACUGAUAAAUUACAAUACAUGGCCCAAAGUAUGUGGACGAGCAUUAGUGAGGUUUGGCCUGGCUCGCAGUCGAUGUUCCAGUUAAUCCAAAAGAUGUUGGAUGAGUUUGAGGUCAGAACUCUGUGCAGGGUUUUUUAAGUUCUUCCACACCAAAUUGGGAAAACCAUUUUUGUAUCGAUCUUGCUUUGCAACAUUGUCAUGCUGAAACAGAAAAAGGGUUAUUCCCUAAUUGUUGCCAAAGUUGGAAGCUAUACAUUGUGUAUGUAUCAGAGGUGGAGAGUGAAGAAAUAGUGAUCUAUGGUGAUUAAAAAGUAGCAAAAGGGGCUAUGGAAUGUGGCUGAUAUGGCUAUCACGCAACAUAGGUGUGAUGAUUUAGAUUUUUAUGCCUUUGAUCAUAACGUGCUCGAUCAUUUACUUGAGUCGUGGGAAUUCUUGCUCUGACUGAGAGACUGAACUUGAACUCAACAGUGAAGGAGAAUGUAAUUUGCAUAAAAUUUCUGCUGUUAACUCCGGAGUAAGACUUCAGGUUUUGUUUCACAUAGAAAUGAGUUCAAAGAGGGACAAAGUGCAGUUGCUGCUCUCAGUUGACCAUGAACAGAAAGAUCUGGUGUCGCUUAGCAAUGAAUUGUUUGUCUGAAACUUCUCCUUUAUCUUUCUACCUCUGUCCACGCUUCAGCAUUGACGUUAAAGAAACCUACCAUAUCUUAUUGAUUACUACAUCAACAAUAGACAGUUUAUUUUGUUUCUUCAAACAUAAUACAAACAUUUCCAAACACUUUUAUUUCUUAUUAUCGUCUUAAGAUUUAUAUUGUGGGACAUUUACUCACUCUGCUUUUUUGCUAGCAGAUUCUGUCUAGAGGCUACAGUCAUUUUGUUUAAAACUAAAUGUCCUUACACAAGUUUUUAUUUUCAAUCAUGAAAACGCAAUAUUAUCAAAGCUAUAUAAAAUGCUGCAUGACAAUAUACUAUUAAUUACAGAUAGUUGCAUUUUCUUUUUUAAUCCAUGCUUUUAUUUCAUUCCUUGACAGAUGUCUUCAAAACAAAUAUUUGAUGAUUUACAACAAUUUGUCAGUUGACGUUGAACAAACAGAUCUUAGUUAAGAAUACAUUUACAGUAUUUAUUAGUCUAUAACACAACAAAGUCACUUCAUCUAGAUUAUCAGUACUGAUGUCCUGAUUGUGUUUUCGUGGUGAAAAAUAUUAUUAACUCACCAGAUAGAAAUUACAUAGAGCCAUAUGUGUUGAAUGUGUACAAAAAUGUGGACAAAAUGGAUUUAUUUCUGCAAAAUAAAUAAUUUUAAACUAC